UUUUGCUUAGCUUAAUUUAUCAAGAAGACCCAUAUACUUGCGCUAAAUUGCGCCGAGGGGCACACUGCGCACCCCAAUCUUCAUCUUCUCCCUCUCUAGUCUCUACCUCACAUCACAGUAGUCUUUGUCUCUCUGGCUUUCACUUUCAGGCUUUAAACUUCUAUAUAAUAAUAACCCAAACAUUUUCAAAAAAACACACUUACACUAACACUAACACUUGCAUUUCUCCCCCCAUAACCACAACUACUUAAGCUCAAAACCUAGGGUUUUCUUUUUUCUGUCCACUCAUCUCGUGUUAAUAAAGUUCACACUAAUCAUUAAACACGAAUGUAUAUAAUUGUGAAUUGUUGAAAUGGAUCCACCUAUUAUUAAUGAGGCAUCAUUCUCGGCGGCCAACCCGAGUUCUUACAGCUUAGCUGAGAUUUGGCCGUUUUCCACCGCAGCAAAUGGUGGCGGCAACGGCGACCUUGGUGGAGGAGGCCUGGGUCUCAGAAUGAGCAGCUUUACGGAUUUAUUAGAGGCGGCUGCUAACUCCGUUAACGAAUCUACUGUGACGGAGCAAAGCGGAAGAAGCGGCGGCGGCGGCGGAACUGCUGCUGUCAGGAAGAGGGAUGUGAAUUCGGAGGAUGACUCUUCUAAGCUUGUUUCUACUAGUGAUGCUAAUGAUUUGCAGGAUGGUUCAGUCGCCAAACGCCAGAAAGCAUCAGAAUCUAAAGAAGAAAAUGGCGGCUCAAAGGUAGAAGCAGAAUCCAGUUCCCGGACGGUUAACAAGGGCACUGAACAAAGUAGUAAACCUGAGCCACCCAAGGAUUACAUCCAUGUAAGGGCAAGAAGGGGUCAAGCUACUGACAGUCACAGCCUAGCAGAGAGGGCGAGGAGAGAAAAAAUUAGCGAGAGGAUGAAAAUUCUGCAAGAUUUGGUUCCUGGAUGUAAUAAGGUUAUUGGAAAAGCUCUUGUUCUUGAUGAAAUAAUAAAUUAUAUCCAGUCACUACAGCGUCAAGUGGAGUUCUUGUCCAUGAAGCUUGAAGCAGUCAAUUCAAGGAUGAGCCACCCUAUAGAUACCUUUCCUUCAAAAGAUCUUGCACCGUCAGCAUUUGAUGCCACUGGAAUGAUUUUUGGCGCACAAGCACCUAGAGAAUAUGCUCAAGGAGCACAAUCCGAGUGGCUCCAUAUGCAGGUUGGUAGCAGCUUUGACAGAGCAACAUGACAGAUGCCCUAAUGAAUUUGAAUAUAGGUUAUUUAGGAAUAUUAGUCUUCCACUUCAUCAUGAUGUUUGUGAGGGAACCUUGGCAUUGGAUCCUGCAACUGUCCAGCAGCUGUUCCACUGUAGAAGAAGCAUUCUUAAAUUUGUAAUCAUAAUCACCCUCAUUUCCAGUAGAAUUGUCUGUUUUAUCUUGUAUGAUCAAGGUCGUCUAACUCAGUGUACUUGUACUAUGUUGUAUUGGUAUAAGAAAUAGACUACGCAGACUUUCUCGCUGUA